AUGAAAAAGAUACAUUUUGUUAAUGACAUGACAUUAGGAAUAUUAGAUGAAGAUCAUACACUUAUAAAUCCCCUUAAACAUAUUUUAUCUACUUAUUACACAAGUAAUAUAGAUUUCUGUGGAUAUACAAUUCCACAUCCAAGUGAAAAUAAAGUGCAUCUAGUGGUACAAUUUAUAAAAGAGGAUGAUCAGACAGUAGAAAAUAUAAUAAGUAAAGUAGAGGAAGGUAUAGAAGGAUUUAAGAAUAUUAUAAAGAAAAUUGAUGAGGAGUUUGAUAAAAGUUUAUCAAGGAAAUAA